GUCCUAAUCGUUUAGCGGUCUUCGCUGAGCAGAGUUUGAUAGAAGUCAACUUUUGGUGAACGCCAAAAAAUUUUCACCGGAGCUUCGACUUCAUCCCAGUGACUCGUGGUUCGGCUGCUGAAGCGGGAUUUUUAACUCUUUUGGGAUCUUGGGGUCACAGGUUUGAGCAUGGAGCCGGUCCGGGUCGUCCUGUGGGUUCUGUCCGUGUUUAUCUCGCUAGUCUCGGACAGGUUGGUAGUGAAGGCUUCCUUCUCCCAGGCUACGGACAGCGACUUCACCUUCAGCUUACCUGCAGGACGAAAGGAGUGUUUCUACCAAACCAUGAAGAAAGAGGCUUCACUAGAGAUUGAAUAUCAGGUGCUAGACGGUGCGGGUCUCGACGUAGACUUCUUUAUCUCUUCUCCAUCCGGCCAGUUGCUGUUCAACGAUCAACGCAAGUCGGAUGGCGUCCACACCUUGGAAACUCUGGAGGAUGGGGACUACAUGUUUUGCUUUGACAACACAUUCAGCUCCAUGUCGGAGAAGCUCGUGUUCUUUGAACUAAUCCUGGACAACAUGGAUACGUCCGAAGACCCAGACAACUGGAAGGAGCACAUCAUUGGGAUAGAUACUCUGGACAUGAAGCUGGAAGACAUUAUGGACACCAUCAACAACGUGAAAUCUCGUCUGGGAAAAAGUAUGCAGAUCCAGACGCUCCUGCGGGCGUUCGAGGCUCGCGACCGGAACAUCCAGGAAAGCAACUUCGAGAGGGUGAACUUUUGGUCGGUGGUGAACCUCGUCGUGAUGAUGGUGGUGUCGGCUGUCCAGGUCUAUUUAGUCCGCUCGCUUUUUGAGGACAAAAGGAAAAUUCGCACAUAACAUCGCCUUAACUGGACGGACAGAAAUCAAGAAACUAACACACAUUCAUACUGUUACAUUAGGGAUGUUCUGUUUUGUUUUUCUCUACCAUGAUGUUUCUCAAAUGUUUGCAAAAACCAACAGAAACGUUUGAUCAGGACAAAUUCAGCCCUGUUGCUGCUUGGGUUUCUGCCUGCCCAUCCCUCCAACUCCACCAUCUUUUUACAACAAAAUGUUUUCUCUUUAAAGGUCUAUGCUGUUUUAAGGUCCUUUCUUAGCUGCUGUAGGGCUUUACAGAACACGUAAUAAGCUUGCUUAUGAUAUGCAAUUAUUUUUCUAAUGUUUCUCUGAGUGGGAGACAAUGAAGGAGCAACUUGCUGCCUGAAUAACUUAUUUCUGCCAAACAGGAGGAGGAGGUUCAACCAGUCAGGUAGCAUGUCGUUAUUACCCUAAAGAAAUCUACCUUUGAAUUAUUACCGGUCAGUUUUUAACGUGUCUCUGAGGCCCGUGAACACGCCUACCAAACAGUCAGGUGUGCGGAUUGCUCAGGUGGGUCUGUGCUAACUAACGUUAAGGACUGUGGAGUGGAAGAAAAGGAAUCCACGGCAUCCGUAGAUGCUUGUGGGUGUCUGCUUACAGCCCAGCUCCUCUGAGAAGAUGUCGUCUCUUUCUGGUGUUUUAGAGGUGCGUUAAAGGAAGGUAUCGCCUGUUAAAGGUUUAUAUUCAUGUUGUUUUGCCUCUUCUCUAUUAGGAAUCUGCUGUGGGUUUUCAUGGUUUUUCUUUUUACUUGACUUCACUGCUCACUGUUAGUUGAUCUCUGCUAUAAGAGUAUAGACACAUCAUGAGAUCAAAGCUUUACUAUGGAGCCUUAUGUUUAAAGUGCUUAAAACCAAACAUUUGUUACCUGUGCUAAUAUUAUGCAAAUUUAUUAUAAAACUUGAUUCUCUGAUUGAUUGUCUGCUCAGCUUUCAUUGUUGUGUGAGUGUGCAUUUUAGGAUUGUGAUAGUAGAUUAAUAAUUAACUUCUGAUAAAUUUAAAAUGUUUUUUCCAGACUGGUAUGAUAUAAGUUUUCUAAUAGUAUUUCUAUGUUACUGAGAAGAAAUAAAGUGCUCCGUUAACUCUUUAAAAAAUAUUUUGUAUGAUUUUGAUGGAGCAGUGGAGGCAGGUUGAGGGAACAUGACAUGUAUUCCACCAAUGUCCUGUACUUGUAAAUUAAACAAGACUAUCUUUUCUGA